CUCUCGGUUCGUGUUUGGACAGGCUGCCGGUUUGGCGAUAUUAACGGAACUUUUUUAACCCGGUCGGGGUGAUAUUUGAGUUUUUAAAAGGUUUGCGACGUUUGUCGAAACAAAUUGAUCGUGUCCUAAGGAAACCGACUGCCCCACACAGAGUGUGUGCGUAAUGCAGAAGAUGAGCUACUUCUUCCCUGCACUUUGCAUUUGCCUGGAUGUGUGUGUGGUGCACGCCAUCCGCCUGGCCCAGCUCUCACCUCUCCUCCUCUCCCAUCCGUUCAUCACCCUGUGGGGAGGAGCCCUGACCAGAGCCUCCCUGCUCGUCUUGCUGGCCUUCACCUACCCUGGAAGUCUGCCAUGGACGAAAAGCUUCGAGGGGCUCCAGAGCGUGGGGGUCCUUUGCUUCCACUUCCCAGUGUAUGCUACUCUUCUCUGGGUGCUGGGGCAGUCCACUGUGGAGGAAGUGUGGGGAUGGCACUCCUGGGAAAGGGUGUCACAGGGUUACAUCGUGACGGUAGUGGCCUGGCUCUACUGGACUCGAUACGUGUCGUCUCUUUUGCUCUCCUGGGGCCGAUACAUCUCAUCUUUGGUUAAGAGGGCACCCCCUCAGAAGGUGAAGGAGGAGACGGGGGCCUCUCUGAAGAGAUUGAUGGGAUACAUGCAGCCCUUUUUCUGGCGCUUCGUUGCUGUGCUCAUACUUGUCUUUCUCUCGUCUUAUGGUGAGAUGGCGAUUCCUCAGUACACUGGCCGCAUGGCCGACUGGAUCAUGAAUGAAGAAGCGCCCGACGCCUUCACAGAGGCCAUCACAGUCAUGACACUAAUGACCAUCGCCAGUGCUGUGCUCGAGUUUGUAUGUGACCUCACAUAUAACAUCACCAUGAGCCGCAUUCACACCUCAGUGCAGGGAGUCGUCUUCCAGGCCGUGCUGAAACAGGAGAUCGCUUUCUUUGAUGCCACUUCAACCGGUGAGCUGGUGUCACGGAUUACCACUGAUACCAACAGCGUGAGCGAAGCUCUCAGUGAGGAGCUGAGUCUUCUCAUGUGGUACACGGCUCGUUUUGGCUUCCUCUUGUUCUAUAUGGUGAGCCAGUCGUGGAAAAUGACGCUGCUCACAUGCAUGGGGCUGCCCAUCAUCUGGGUCAUACCCAAGCUCACUGGACGCUUCCACCAGACUAUUGCUGUAAAGGUUCAGGAGUCACUGGCAAAGGCCAACCAGGUGGCCACAGAGACCUUCUCAAACAUGAAGACAGUGAGAAGUUUUGCCAACGAGGACGGCGAGACAGAGAAGUACAGACGGUGCCUGGAGGACACUUACGCCCUCAAUAAAAAGGAGGCAGCUGCAUAUGCAGCUUCCACCUGGGCUAACAGUAUGACCACCCUAGCUUUGAAGGUGUGCAUUCUGUACUAUGGGGGGACGCUUGUGACCAGGGGGGCCGUCAGCAGUGGAGACCUGGUGUCAUUCGUCCUCUACGAGCUGCAGUUCGCCUCUGCUGUGGAGGCGGUCAUGCGAUAUUACCCACAAGUGAAGAAAGCAAUCGGAGCCUCUGAGAAGAUCUUUGAGUAUUUGGACAGGAAACCUCGGGUCCCCCCGGAUGGCACUUUGGCCCCUGAAAAUCUUGAGGGAUGCAUUCAAUUCAAAAAUGUUACAUUUUCAUAUAAUGGAAACUUAAAUGAAGAGAGUCUUGUCCUUAAGAAUGUAUCUCUGGAGGCCAAGCCAGGUCAAAUCACUGCCCUUGUGGGGCUGAACAGAUCAGGAAAGUCCACCUGCGUGAAGCUACUGGAGAGGUUUUACCAGCCGAUAGAAGGGGAGAUCCUGCUGGACGGCAAACCGCUGCAACGCUACAAAGACGAGUACCUACAUGGCAAGAUUGCUGUGGUGAGCCAGGACUGCGUGCUGUUUGCUCGCUCUAUUCGGGAGAACAUCAAGUAUGGCCACGAGCAUGCCUCUGAUGAGGAAAUGCACAGGGCUGCGACGCUGGCCAGUGCUCACAGCUUCAUCAUGCAGCUGCCAAAUGGAUACGACACAGAUGCCGGGGAGAAGGGAGGUCAGGUGUCAGGAGGCCAGAAGCAGCGUAUUGCCAUCGCUCGAGCUUUAAUCAGACGUCCUAAAGUUCUGAUUCUUGACAACGCCACCAGUGAUCUGGACACAGAAAAUGAAUAUCAGGUCCACCGGGCUUUGAUGGCUCAAGCAAAAGACUGCUCCGUGCUAUUGAUAUCCAACAAGAUGAGUGUCGUAGAGAAGGCCAACCACAUAAUUGUCCUCGACGGAGGGACGGUGAAGGAGGAGGGCAAUCAUGCAGAGCUGAUGAAAAAUGGCAGCCUUUAUGCCGAACUGGUGGAAAAGCAGAAUAAUAGCUGUUUCCGAAAGGAAGGAGAGUCGAAUGAGAAGCAGUGAGACGUGUGAGCAGCACUCCAGUAACAGGGUUGCUGGUUUUAAUACCAUAGGGGCACAACUUGGGCUGCACUUGUAUUACAGAGAUGAAUUUUACUGAGAGACCACACUGUUCCCUCUGUCCCACUAGUACCUGCUCGGCUCAGCUUGAUUAGACUGCUUGGAUUUUAGAGUUUUCCAUUAGGUCGUAGUACCUGGUACUUUUUUAGUACCGACUCAGCCGGGACCCAGGCCAGCUGAGUCUAGUCAAAAAUGUGACGUCAACAAACUGCAUGCUGCUGAUUGGCCAGGGAGUGACAUCACGAGAUCGACUCCUUCACAAGAAACAACCCCUCUGUUUUUGAAACCCAGCAAUGAGGGGAAACGGCUACACACUAACAAUGUGGUCCAGCGACGAGGUGCAGAUGUUUUUGUGUUCGGUGGCUGACGAUGGAGCGAUUGUUUGUGUUUGCAUCACAUACAAAUGACUUCACGGGACUUUUGGGCCGCCUUGACCCAACCCACACUGAGGUGGUACUCAAUUGUAAUGGAAAACGACCGAAACCAGUCGAGCCGAGCAGGUACUAGUGGAAAACAGGCAUUUGUAUUCAAAGGGUUUGCUGGAGUUUACCCUGUAAGACUGUUGCACCUUGGAGGUCCUUGAAGCUGUCAUCUACCUACUCAGCAGAGAGUUGCAUCCUGUCCCAAAGAUGCAAACAGCAGACCGGUCCAGAAUAAAAAACCCUCCUGUCAUAAUAAAAUAAUGCAUUUUCAAUCAAUAAAUCUAAAUGAGUAAAGCAGCUAUAAACAAUAAUAUCUGCCUUUGGUUAAAAAAAAAAAUGCUGAUAUCUUAAAAUAUAUUUAUUGUAAGCCUUCAAACCUUAACUGAUUUGCAGCCUUCCCUACAGUGCUGUGACACCUCCAGACACACAGUUUAAAAAAAAAAGGUUCAUAGGUACCAUAAACAAUUUAUCCAAAUCAGUGAUAGCGGGUAUAUUUUUAUUGCUUUAUUGUUGUCAUAUGACCCAAACCUACAGCCUGCUGGUAAUCUUUCAUAUUCCUGUGGGUGUGAUUUUUACUGUCACUCAAUCUGUUGCUUCAUACACUUUGCAAAUACACUGUAGAUGUAGAGAUCUAGCAGCUAAAUUCAUAUUAUCAUAACUUGCACUAUUUGAGUUGAGUGUGUUCUGAAUGUUUUUUUUUAACAUGUUUUUCUUUUUUUUUUUGCUUUCUUUUUUUGUAUUUUUCCCUAUUAUUUUUUUUUUACUGCUCUUGUUUGCACACUGCCAGCUUCCACAGAGCAAUAUUUUUCAUGGAUCAUGACUUUUACCUUGUCAUUAGUGAAUCUUUGUGACAGAGCUGAUCUGUGCUGUUUUUGCUGUAAUAAAGAUGUUGCAGAAGA